AUGGAAGAUAUUUUAUUGAACUCUAUCGUUAACGCCGGUGUGAAAAUUCCUACCGGAAUCUCAUCGGUGAAAAAUCUAACGCCGGCAACUUUAUUCUCCAUAUCCUCACAGUCAUUACAUCUCAUUCACCCUCAAAACUCCUCGUUUCCGGCUUCAUUGCCGGAAAAUUCAGUUGCCGAUCGCUUAAAGCUAUGCUCGGAAUUUGCCGUCGCUUUCAAAACCCUAGGUUUCAUUGGAGAUAUCAGUUCUCACAAGUUCCUUUAUCCAUCCGAAGAGGACUUGUACGAGUUGGUCCGGUUCUUGGUUGGGAAGCUAUCUGAUGUUGAAGCUCGAAAAGAUGCAGUUGGGGAAUCUAAAAGACGCCUUAAGACUCCAGAAGAAAAUGUUGAAAAUACAGGACUGCUGCCUCGUAAGGAGCUUUCGGAGAGACAGGGUGAUCCUUUAAUGAGGACACAAACACCAGAGCCGUCAAAACGAUCUGAUAUUAUUGAGAAUAAGACGGAAGAGUUUUAUAAUGGUGUUAAUAUACCUAUAGAAAGUAGAGCUGACUCCAGCAAGGAAACAUCAGGCAAUGAACCAGAUAUCACAGAUUUGGUGGAGGACGUGAGGAGGAGUUCUUUGAAGGACAAUGAGCAUAAUUUGGAGUAUGAACAGCAAUCAACUUCACCAUGCGUACAUUUGCCUCAGAUGAACAGCAAUACAGAAACUUUACAAGACCAAAAGGAAAUGCUUGUGGAGAAGUCAGUCUCAAGCUCUGUCGAAUUAGAAGACCUACAAGAAAAGCUUGAUUUGUUGAAAGCUGCAGUGGAAAUGGCUUCUGAUCACAGACAUCCCAGUGCCUUCUAUGUGAAUCAGCUAAACGAUCAAGUGGAAGUUAAAAGGAGCAAAAUUGUUGAAAUGGAGAGUCACUGGAAUGAUAAAACCAAGGCCCUUGAGCAGAAGAAGAGUUGUCUUGAGGAAACACUAAAAGCAACAGAACCAGAGGCCUAUGUAAAAUAUAAAAAGGUUGAAGAGAUUGAGUUGAAGCUGGAGUCUAUAUUAGCUGAAAAUAAAAGAAGAGAGGAUGAACUCAUUGUACUCUCAGCCAAAGCUGAGAAGCUGCCCAAAUUGGUACGUAGGAGAACCCACAUUCAGCGUAUUGAAGAGAUCACCAAAAACAGCCGGAAGCAGGAUGUUGACAUAGAAAGAAUAUUGAAAGAGACAAGGGAGCUUCAGUUGGAGAGCAACUCUGUCCAAGAGCGGCUUAAUCGAACCCAUGCAGUGGUGGAUGAGACGGUUUUCAGGGAGGCAAAAAAGGACCAGGUGGGACGGCAAGCUUACAGGAUACUGACUAGCAUCCAUGACAGCUUUGAACAAAUAGCUGAAAAUCUUCUUGCAGCGGAUAGAGCCCGAAGAGAAGUGGCUGAUUAUGAAGGAAAGCUUGCAACUAUGGCGUCUCGAAGUGUUGAUAUUGACAAGCUGAAAGCAGAUCUUGAAACCAUCAGGAGGGAAAACGAUCUUCUUGAAAAGAAUUUGUCCAAAGACUCCUCACAAAGUAUAGGGUAGAACGUU